GUAAUGACACACUGACUGAACAGACCACUGGGCAUCAGUCUCAGACUAGGGGAGGAAAAACAGCGAGGAUAACAGUGUUACAGAAAAGUAAUUUGGCUGCAGUAGGUUGUUUGUGAGGUGCAAGAAGGUCGUUGUUUUGAGUUUUUUUUGUGUACCUUUACUCCGGUCGAAGAAACUAAAACGAAAUAUCUGCCACUCCCAGGACAGGUGGAGAAAACUCAAAGAAAAAGAAAGAGAAAUGGAAGAAGAGGAAAUGUCAUUUUGUCUGCAGGAGUGUCUCAGAGCUGUUGGGCUGCAGCAUCACUAUGCAAGGUUUACCUCAGUGGGAGUUUGUCGUGCAGUCCACCUUUCAGCGCUCACCAUGGAGGACUUUCCCAUCCUGGGAAUCCGCUCUAUGGAGGACAGGACUCGACUCUUCAGUCUGAUCCAAAUGGUCAAGAAUCUUGACCUGGAGAGCCUCGAACACCAGGAUGAGGAUGUUUACUACGCUGAUGAUGUUGAUGAAGUGGAUCGAAUAAGUUUUAAUGACGAUGACUGUGGAGGUGAUGAAGAAAUCUAUGACGACGAGGAAGAAAAUGGUGUCGAUUUGAUGAAGCUAGACCGUUCUUCAAGUGUUCGCAGAAGGCUAGAUUUCAGUAGUAAAGGUCCUGAUCAUCAUCAGAAGCUUUUUUAUCAUCUGAUUUAUGAUGACGGGCACAAAGGAUCAGUCACAGAUGUUCAGCCUGACUGUAACACUGAGAGUGCCUGUGCAUGCAUCUGCAGAGGAAACAACAACCAGUCUCAGGAUUCACAUUAUCUACAAUCAGGAGCAAACAGCAAGCCAGACAUCACAGAAGGAACGUCCAUGUACUACUCGCACAUUCGAUUAUUAUCACCACCAAAACCCCGGCCUGCAGCAGCGUCAUCACAGAGGUUUAGCAACAAGCAAGCUGUGACGCACAAAGAUAGAAACUGUAUCUCAAGUUGUAACACGGCUCCUGGACACACGAGUAAACAAACUCCUGUUUAUGAAUCAAAGAGGACAGCCGGGUACAACUAUGGACUACCUCUGAGUUCUCCUGCUGGCGCACAUGAGAGGCAGGCAGGCGGGCAGCGGAUCAGUGUGUGCGUGAGGAAAAGACCUCAAACACACAGAGAGUGCAGGAGAGGAGAGGCAGAUGUCGUCACAACUCCAAACGGAGAGUGUGUGAUCGUCCACGAGAGCAAAGAGGCCGUGGAUCUCACGCAGUACAUACUACAGCACAGGUUCUACUUUGACCAGGUUUUUGGGGAGGAGAGCUCCAAUGAGGAUGUGUAUCGAAGAACAGCUUAUCCUCUGGUGCAGCACGUGCUCAAAGGAGGCAAGGCCACCUGCUUUGCAUACGGGCAAACAGGUGCAGGAAAAACCCACACCAUGUUGGGAUCAUCUCCCAGGAGACCGGGCUUGUACGCCCUGGCAGUCCGGGACAUCUUUACUCACCUUUCCAACAAAAACAUGCACUCACCCCUGCAGGUGUAUGUCAGCUUCUUUGAAAUCUACUGUGGUCAGCUGUAUGACUUGUUGGACCACAGGAAAAGGUUAUUUGCGAGGGAAGAUGGACAGAAGGUGGUUCAUAUUGCCGGGCUGCGUGACGUCAGAGUGGACUCAGUCAGCUCACUGCUGAAGGUGAUCGCACAGGGCACAGAGGAACGCACGCAGGGGGUGAGUGGAGUGAAUCCGCUCUCCUCUCGUUCUCACGCGUUGCUUCAGAUUCAGCUCAGAGGUCCAAACCAGCAGGUCGCUGGUAGGAUGUGGUUUGUGGACCUGGCAGGAAGUGAGAGGGCAUCAGAUACUAGAGAACCAGACAGGCAGAGUCGUAUGGAGGGAGCUGAGAUCAAUCAGAGUCUCUUGGCUCUUAAAGAAUGUAUCCGGUCCCUUGAUCAAGAGCAGUCGCACACACCUUUCAGGCAAAGCAAACUCACUCAGGUUUUGAAGGACUCGUUUAUUGGAGACUCGAUGACAUGCAUGAUUGCCAACAUUUCGCCUGGUCACCUAGCAACCGAACACACACUUAAUACACUGAGAUACGCCGACCGGGUGAAGGAGUUGAAAGGACAGGGAGGCCUUAGAGGAGGAAGAAGAGGAAAAACCUCCCCAAAACGUAACCUGUCCAAAAGCAACAGCAGCAGCAGCACUAGUGGAAGCAGUGGCGUUUGCAUCCGAGGGAAAAGCCCCCCUAAAAAGCCGAAGUUAGCGAGGCAAAGAGAGGCUCCUGUUCCAGCAACACCGACCACGAGGUUGGCCACUGGAGGCCCAAUUUUCUGCUCCACACCAAAGAGCAGCAGAUGUAGAGAGGAAGUUAAACUGGAACAAAUCACACCAGUCAGAGGUUUACUGGGAACGGGGGAUAGUAGGAAGACGGCAGGUGGGAAGGGAGGAAGAAGAGGAAGAGAAAGGUUUGAAGAAAGUGACAGAGCAGGGUACUCAUUGGACGACCAAAUCAGCAGGGAGUGUGGAUUCUACCAAAGGGAAAACCAACAAAGCGCUUCAAAAGGGGGAAUAGAAGGAGAAAGAAGAUUGAGAAGACAACAACGAAGUGGUGGAGACUCGUCUAUUGGAGUAGAAAUUGAAAGGGGAAGAGAUUUACAAAAGAGUGAUGAAAGGGGUGAGGAGAAAGAGAUGCAUCUGAGACGUUAUCACCAGCAGCUUCAGCAGUUCAUCCCCUCGUCUGCUUCUUCAUCCCUCCGUCUCCUCUCACCUUCUACAGGUCCGUCUUUCUCUCCUUCCAACACCACCUCUGCCUCUCCAUCUUCUCGUUCAUCUCUCCGACACUCUUCCCGCCUCUCGGCUUCUGCACUUACACGUCAAGGUUUGAAAGAGGUUUUAGAGUCGUGUGGAGCCAGGGCUGAUGGAGGACUAAUGUCUUCUGUCCCCGCUGGAGGGACCUCUCAAAGCUGUAGAAAUCAGGAAGAGGUUGGUGAUGGUGACUCAAGUGGAAGAGUGAGAAGAGAGGAUUGGAGGCCAGCUGGGAUGGAAGCAGUGGGAGGGAGGAGGUGGGCUUGGGAGGCAGAGACAGAACAGACAGGUGCAAGACCAGCUGCUGUCGAGGCACAAGUGUCUCACAACUGUGAUUCAGAGGAGUGGAGAGCAGAGGGCGCGGACCUCUCUGAUGUCCCAGCUGAUGGAUCAUGGAGCAAUGACAGCGACAGCCUUUUCACUCACCCCGCUGUUGAGUCAUCUCAUCAUCGAGCUCCAGCAGAACGACCUCUCUCCCCCGGCUGUGAACAUACCAACACCCUCCUGAAGUCUCAUAAACUCAGUGAACCUUCUGUUAACUUCUGUCAAACCAAAGGUACCUCGAACGACCUGCCUCUACGACCGCAAAAAUCCACGAUUGUAGUGCCUUCAGGCUGCUCGAGAGAGAAGAAACCUUUGUUUUCACCUGAUGCCAAUACAAGACACUUUUCCAAUACUACAUCAGACACACUUUCUCCCACUGAUUCCAAAGCCAUAAAGUCUGGCGUCAUUCAUCAAGACGCUUCUUUCAGCCCCGUCAUGGACCCCCUGAGUGUCUCCUUGCUUCAAGUGGACCAACGGGCCGCCACAUCUUCUUUCCUCCGAGGGGAACCAAAAACCAGCUCGCUGUAUUUUCCUGACAAUGGGAGAAAUGAAAGCAGGAAGGGAGAGAAAAAAAAAGAGCGUAUCGCAUGUUUGGACGAGGCAAUGAAAGACGGAGGAGAAGAGGAAUUUCGCCUCUCACUUCUGGAGAUGACACGAGGAAGGACCCAUGGCGCUUCUAUCUCUAACCACGUAACAACGACCUCUACUGAGCAAGGUAUCAUGAAGCUCCCUGUCCCUGAGGCUUUGCAGUAUUCUCUCCGGAGCCAGGAGAUCAACCAGAGACCUCAAACGAGUCCUGCUAUUGAAGUCCUGAGCAUCCAAGACCCACUCAAACCCUCCACAAGUGCUGCGUCGACUUCUGUCACUCAGUCCAUCUCAUCAUCUGUCCAACCCUCCAGGAACAAUCCUACACCCAUCACACACAAUCUUAAGACUCAUGGUGCCACCCAACCGCCGCCAGAGUGUGCCCACAAAAUGCACGACAAACUCCCUCUUUCAAAUUCAACAACACCGUCAGAAAGGGUCUCGGGCCGGUUGAAAACAUCGCCGAAACAACGUCACACAGUUCAUUCUCCCUCUUCAAGCAACUCCAACAUCUCUCGGCAACCAAAUGACGGGACAGAAUCAAAUGUUCAAGGGAGCACCGGCAAUCAGAAAACUGGAAACAUGAUAAAUCUGCCUGAUCUUGAAGACUCAGAUGUUGCCCAGUGGCGUGUUAUCCAGGCUCACUGGGAGCAGCUGGAAGAGAUGGAAGCUUUAUUUCAUAAAGAUGGGAAUCUUCUGUGCCAGCAGCCUGACAUGGCAUUUUCAGAGUAUGUUCACAAACUGGAGGAGAUCAUGGAGAGAAAGGCUCGGUGUGUCGAAAGCAUGAUGGCUGAGCUGCAGCCAUAUCUCAAACUCAGUCACUCUCACUCGGCACACCAUCACAACCAAAGAGAACAUAAUAAUGAUCCAAAUACUUGAAUUACUUGAAACACAAUAAGUUACUCAUGUUACAAUGAAAGUGUGACCUUUACAAGGAAGAACUCUCUGUUACAGAAAGUUGUGCUUUUGAUUCUGCAAUAUAUUUUUCUCACUUAAAACAGAACAUUCAGUGAAGGUUUUUCUUUAUUAUUUAACAUGUUACUUGGACAAUCAACAAUUGGAAAAAUCUUACUUGUGUGUGGUGUGUGUUUUUUUGGAAGAGUUUCAGAUGGAUGCUGUGAUGUAUUGGAUUAUUAUGUUGAAAUCUGGGAAUGUUAUGUCCAUCAGUGUAUUUAUGCGUGUGUGUGCAUGUGUGUGUGUGUGUGUGUGUGUAUAUGAGGUGAUUUUUCUGUAUCUGUGUCCUGCAUACAUGCUGAUUCUAAUGCAUACAGAAUUUAAUGAAACCAUCAAAUACUUGUUUUACUAAGAUAAAAA